AUGGGGUACUGCAGGUGUAUAAAUCCAGCGGCAGGUCCCGGUGGGCACCCAACGGCGGCGAUCUGCAGGGAUGACCCAACACUCCGGGCCCAGCCGACUCCGCACCGGGAGGCGCAGGCACCGCGCUCUGGUUUUCCGGCACCAAACCCGGCUAAGUUAGGUACCUGUGUCGAGGAGGAGGGGAAGUUUUGGAGGAGGAGCAGCAAGCCUCUCUGCCUGAGAGGAGGCCGCCGGGGCGGGCAGGGCGAUGGGUCUCCCGUGAGCGGCGCCCGUAACUCCGAGGCCCGGCGGGACGUCCCUGGCCCCGCCGGGCGGCGAACCCUUCUCAAGGACAAGGGGGGCCAGCCAUGGGCUCCGGCUCGGAGAAGCCGGGUCCCGCCGCGGGCAGGGCCGGGGGAGGGGAACAAAGGGGCUAAGCGGGUGAGUCGGCGGCGCUCCCGCCUCCCGUUCCCUCAAGCUCUUACCCGGGCCUGUCGUCCCAAACCGCCCCGGUCCAGCUCCAAGCAGGCCGCGGGCAGAGGAAGGCCCGGCCGCGGCCCUCGAGUUCCCAGGAAGCUGCAGGCCGCGCAGGUCGAGCCGGGCAGGCGGCACAGGAAAAGCCGCGUCUCGUCCCUCCCCUUCCUCCGCCGGGACCUGGUGACAGGGAAGCGAGAGGUUCCCCAGACCGGCGGCCGCCAGCUCACGUCCCGUCUCCGGCACGCGUCUCCUCAGGCCCUGCAGCUCAGAGCCCCGCGCGGUGCUGCCGGCGGCGGCGGCUGGGGGAUGCAGCGUCCAUCGCGAUCCGGGAGGGGGAUGGGUGGAGGGUCGGGUGAGAGCCGGGCGGGGAAACUGCGGAGGGCAACCAUGCACCGCGGAGGCGGAGCAAAUAUGCUCUCCCCGCUCGACCCUGCCGGCCGCCACGUGGGGCGCUGCGGAGACCAGUCGGCACACAGCGCUGGGGCGCCUAGCCGGAGCGCCGGGCGACCGGACGCGUCGUCGCCGCUACCGGGGCCUCGGACUCCUUCGGCCUCGUUGGCUGUCGCUUUUCUGUCCUACGCCCUGCGCCUUCACGCUUCGCUGUCAAUCCGAGCGCACUCCCAGCACCCCGCGCACACGGGUGCACGCACGCUUAGCGUGUUUUGCACGGUGUGUACACACUUGCCGUUCUCCUGCUGAAGGCCCCGACGCUGCCCGUCAAAGCUGCGGCCCAGGCGACCUCCGCCACGAGCUUCCCCUCCUCUCGGCUGGUCAUCCCUCCUCGCGCACGGAAGUGCGUCGGGGGAAGAAAAGCGCCUCCCUUCGGUAGGCAAACCGCCCGGCAGUUCACCAGAAAGAAAAACUUUCACCACCACCCUAGGAGGGCUGAAUAAUAUUCUGUUGUCCGGAUGUACCAAAGUUUAUUUAUCCAUCUACCUACUGAAGGACAUCUUGGAUGCUUCCAAGUUUUGGCAAUAAAAAUAAGCUUCUGUAAACAUCCAGGUCAAGUAAAGCAAUCAAACACCACAACAUACCUUCAGGAGAGCACACUGCAGG